AUGGGCAAUACUACUGCGAAGUCUAUGUUAAAUUGUGGAAUGGCAAUAGAAGAACUCAAGUCGCGAGUCCUGAGAAAUCAACUUUAUGCGAAUACUUUGUCAGCAUUGUUGCUUAUAAAUGGGAUUUUGCUAUUUAUAGUCACCUUUAAUAACUUGCUUAUUGUCUUCACCAUUGCUCGGACAGCAUCAUUACAUAGGGCAUCAAAUUUUCUUAUCCUUGGUCAGUCAAUCGCUGAUGCAUUUGUUGGUAUGAUCAUUCAACCAUCGUUUUGUGCGAUGCAGUUUUAUGAGAUGAACGAAGUGUUUCCAGAGUAUUGUCAGGCCCGGUUUGUUUACAAUGCUUUUGGUUGGUGUAUUUGUGCUGUAUCUUUUCUCACUUUAACAGCUCUUAUCGCCGAUCGUUUCAUAGCCUUGAACUACCAUUUAAGAUACCAACAAAUUGUCACAAAUACCCGUGUUGGUCGUUUGCUACUAUUCAUUUGGUGUUGUGGGGUUUUAUGUGGAAUCUUGAGGCUAUUGACAUUGAUUGUUAUCACGGCGUUUGGUAGAAAGACCUUUCCCAACUAUCGCGUCGCAUUUAGAGUUUCAGAGAGUUGUGUAUUCCUAAGUAGUUUGUUAAAUCCCAUUAUCUAUUUUUGGAGAAUCGAACAACUUCGUUCGGCUGGUGUGAGAAUCUUUCGUACAGUGAGCUGGCGAUUGUAUAGUAUCAUGGGUAACGCUAACUCCAGGCAGGUUCACCCUUCUUAAAAUUGGGGACUAAAUGAUGAUCCUUUGGAAGUCCAUUAAAGUGUUGUUUAUUACUUUAAACAAAACGAAGCUAUCAGGAGAGGACAAGGAAGUUUUUUCGGGGAGGAGUGCAUGACACUUUAAGAGGAG